AGAUGUGAUUGUCAAAAUCUCGUUCUCUCAAAAUUGAAAAUUCUAACGCGAUGAAAGAAAUCGAAUGUGAUUGAUUCAACAUUAUCAGUGAAAAUCCUGGAAAAAUUUGCCAAUGAGAUAAAGUUCGUAAGAUUUCACUACAGAUUUUGUAACAUACAGCGGUCUGUAUUUCAUCUACGAAUGUUUUUUUUCAAUUCGACAUUUGCAAAACAAAAAGUACGAGGAUUACUUCACGAGCAGUUCCUAGAUUUAUUCGUGACGGAAACUCUCAUAAAAAUGCAAACUUUAAAAAAAAAUGUGAAUAUGUGAAACAAUGGAUUUGCGUGAAUUAUAUGAAUUUGUCUUGGACGCAAAUGCACCGAAUUAUAUCUACUAUAAUCCUUUCGUUGGAUCGAUUUCUUUUAUUUAAAAUCUCGUGCGAUAUAAGUCGCAUAGAAGACAAUGACGGAGAAUGUAUACGUUAUAAAAAUCAAGACAAAGCCACCGUUGUCAUCUUUAUACCCAUCGGAGCGUCGUUACUCGGCGUCGACGGUUGGCGGCAUGUCUCUGAUCCACCUCAUCCUCGGGGCGAUAUCCCUCUUUUUGAGCACCAUAGCCGUGUCUGUUCCGGGUCAUAUUUUGUCUCUCGCAUGUCUGGUACCGUCCGUGACCGGCUGUCUCGCUUGGCGACGUUGGUACAUCGACCGGAACAUCAGUAUUUUCUUCUACGGUAGUCUCUUCUCUUCGGCGGUCGGGAUCUUCUGCGGCGUUGUCAUGAUAUACGACCUUACGGUGAUUUUAAACGCUGAAGAAUCCCAGUCGUUAAAGAUUCUUGACGCCUCUCGUCAUCCUAUCAGUGAUUUCACGAAUAAUACUCAGGAUAUAACGUCCAAAGGCAAUCCAAAGUUUAUCGAAGAUCAUAAUUCUUCGAAAGUCGACAAAGUUAAUAAAUCACUCGUUACUUUAGAACCUUUUGAGUUGAAUGUUUUUGAGGAAAGAAUGAUGAUAUCGAAAAGCACUUUCCAGGAUGACGAUACGAUGAACAUUACGGGAUCUGUGAAUAUGAAGGAGAGAAACAUGGCUAUUUGGCAUAGACGAGAAUUCGAUCCGAAUUUAAACGGAAUACAGAUGGCCAUAAAUGUUAUAACAGCGUCUUGUCUGGAGGUACUCUGGUCACUGCUGAGUGCGCAAAUUGCGUUCAAUGGAAUGAUGAAUUUGCCGGAGAGCGCUAAUGUUGCCGCUGGUUCGAAGACGACGAAGUUGCCGCUGCCGAAGAGGAAACCCCCCGCACCCAAGCCGGACAUCUUGAAUCACGAUCACCGGCUGUCGGAAAGUCUGCAGAACUUCACCACUUUGCAAGGUCUGGCUGGUCUAGGAGCGCGGCUACCCUUGCCGGAAUCUAGUAGAGAAUUUAGGGAAAGAGUUGAGAGGUUCUUGGCAAAUCAGGCAACGCAUAGAGUCGUUGAAAGUGCUUGAAAUUAAUUUCAUUAUGGACUCUUUAUAUAAAUUAUAUAAAUAUUUCGAAAUAUUCCCAAAAAUUUUUCCUCUUGUCCAUUUUUUUUAACGAUAUUAAAAUAUCUUAUUUAACAUUUUUAUCGACAUCUCGAAUAGUUCUAACAUAAUUGAUAUUGAAUAUUCCUACUGAUAUGAUACGAUAGUAGAGAGAUAGUAGCGAUCUCAGUCUUUUAUACCUUGUACUUUGUUAUUACAUAUGAUUCUAUUUUUGGCAAAUGACAUUUUAUGUUUGAUAAAAAUAUAUACUUGAUAUAUUUAUUAAUGAUAAUAAUUAAAAAUAACAUAUUUUUAACUUUUAUGUGACGUAAAGUUGAUUGCGGAUAUAUAUCGCAAUAUCUCCAACAAUUAAUAUUACUAAUUAAAAAAUUUAUUAUUAUUUAUUAUAUCAGACUGUCAUUUGUGGUAUGUAUGAGAUGUAUUUUCGCAAAUUGUUUAAUUAACAUAUCAAUUCAAACAAUGAAUGAGACAGUAUAAAUAAAUCAUUGAUGGCGUAUUCUAGAUAAAUAAUAGUGUGUAAGCGUAUUUUUUAUAUUGAAUUUUGUGCAAAUGUGUAUGUGUGUGUGUGUGUGUGUGUACUCCUUCGCACACCGGAUUUUAUACGCGCUGUGUGAAUCUCAAACAUACUGCCCCGUUUAAUGUAAAAAUGUUACUCUAGAAACUCUGAUAAUAUCUACGAAAUGUCACAAAUUUCUUGAUAUAAAAUUAUAUGAAUAAAAUUUUAUAAUCUUGAAAUAAUUAAUAUUAAUUACUAUUAAAGACAUCGCAUUUGUGUAUUUUUCUAAAUAAUAUUUUUAGCACAUUGCAUAAUGUGUUGAUUGUAUAAUGUCAAUUGUAAAUUGUAUAAUGUUAAUUGUAAAUUGACAAUGAAUAUAAAUUUCAAUUCAUAAAUAUACUAUGCACAUUCGAUGUAAAAAUCAUACCGAAACUGCUACUAUUAUGUGCCCUACUACCGCCUUUCAUGCAUGUGGACAUUGUGAAAGUUUAAUAACUCACAUGCGAUAUACGAAACAAUCUGAUAUUGGCCAACGAGACUGGAAUUUGCUAAGGAGCCGUCACAUAACAAUACCGCGUUUGAAAGUCAUAUUCUUUCGACUUUCCUGUAUAUAUCUCCGUCACUAUAAAAUUUUUUUGCGAUGCAUGAAUUUUUGAAGGGGUAACAUAAGAAAUGUCAUAUAUAUGCGAAGUAAAUAUUUUGAAAAAAAAUAUAGCAAGAUAAACAUUAUUAUUUUCAUAUAUUUGACACAUUCUCUUAUAUAUGUUUACUAAGCAAUAUGUGAUUUUCGUACUGGCUACAAUUAUCACAUGUUGAACAAUUUGUGUGUGACGAUAUAUGAAGAACAAGUGCCGAUUUGUGAGGAUGGGAUAACCGUUUGUCAUGUCGCGCGUGUAACCUUCUUCGCAAAAUCAUCCUUUAUUCUUAAUCAUUGUUAAGUACAUUGUUUGACGUUUGACGCGCUGGACUUGCUAUGACUCCGCGGUUCGCUCUUAAGGUACACUUUUCAUUCACUUAUUAGACGGCAUUAAAAGCUACCGUGCACGCACAAUGUGUCUUUUACUAGAUGAUAAAAUAUGUAUUUUAUUUACAUGUUUAAUACGUUCUUUCGAGCGACCGAUAACGACAAUAGACAACCAACGAGUACCCUAAUUAAUUCGAUUGAUCUCUUUAUAUUGUCCUUGGUCCACCUGAAUUGUGAUUUCCGAAAGCGAGUUUUCACGAUCUGAAAACGUGAUACUGAAGUAAAGAGCGUGAUAAAUAACCACGUUGAUGACGUAUUAAUCGUUAAUCGAAAAGUCCGGGUCGAAAAUUUUCAAUCGAAAGAGUAUGAAAUAAAAGGAAUAUUUUAUAGAUAUUGAGAAAUAAAUUAAAAUUAUUACAAUAAAACGCAAAAAUUAAACUUUCAUAAAUCUACAAAUAUAGUUUCUUACAAUUACAAACAUUUAUCGUUUGAUCAUUAAUCGGAGAUGAUCGGCAAGUUAUACAGCUAACAUCCAAUUGGCAAGAAUAAAGCACACUUUUGUACAUGAUUUAUACCGCGUGUCCAACAAAGAACAAUUGCCGAUUGGCCGACAAUUUUAACUUUAUCAUAUGUACGCAACAAAUAUAUAUGUAAAUUUUCAAGUAAAAAUACACUUAUUAUUACUACAAGUCAAAUGCAAUAAAUAGCACAAAAUGGCGAACA